AAUCUCGCUAAAUAAGAACACCCAGUCGCCAUUUUGUUAUAUCUAUAACAAGCUCUUAUGGUUAGUGUAGAGUGUGCUAGGGCCUGAGUAAUCGAAAACGGAGGAUUGAAUAAGAUUACCUAGAGAAAGGUGGAGACAAAAAGAGGACUAUUCAGAUGAGAAAACUGUUCUAGAUUAAAGGAAACAUAAUUAUUGCUUCAAAAUGGCAAGAAUUCGAAAGGAGAUUUUAUUUGGAUGGUGUCUCGUUCUGGCUGUUAAAAUAAUCCACGUGUCGUCGACAACAUGUGCCAUCGACACCACGCUCCCGGAGACUGCGGCGGGCAACAGCUACGAGUGUCCGGAUACAUUGGACGACGGCACAGAGAACGAUUUCAAUCAGUGCUGUUACAACGAUAGGCCCGAUGAGUCGGGAAACUUCCAUUCCUGUUGUCAAGAUGCGGACGAGAAAUCUGCACAAAAAAUGCAAGAGUUCUAUAACAUCUGUAUCAUCAUCGGGGCUGUGACCGGGUGCUGCAUGGCUGCGGUGUUUAUGUGUACAUACUGCGAAGAAGACACUUUCCCCUGCCUCAAGAAACUCAAAAGAACCUGCAGGAAAUAUUACAAUCUCUUGAUGGACGGCAUCUGCUUCUGCUCUUGUUUACCAAAGAAAUUACGACGCAAAGAACACAAGGAUGGGCCCAUGGAGACAAACACACGAAACAAACGGAUAUUCGAUAAACCGCCCUCUGCCGACGAUCAGGAACUUGUCGUGGACCCUUUCUGGGCUUAAUAUGAACAUUGAAAAAAUAUUUUCAGCCAUAAUUAAGAAUCAAUAGUUCUCAUUGUACGCUACCCCAAACCCAAACGUGAAGCUAUAGGAAAAGCAUUCCGUGACACAAUCGAAUAUGGGGCUACACCAACAUCUAAGAAACAAGACGCACACGAGAAAAAAGAAAUCGUGGAACUUUCUGCACCCUUAUCCUUUUGGAGUACUUUCAAGUGUUUCCGGUAGCUUCGUAAGAGCACGCUGUUGCUCUAUCCAUUUUCAUUUAAAUAUAAAUCGAGGUUUGGAGUUAAGAAUUGAAGGGAGGGAAUGAAAGAGCGCUGGAGGGGUGGGGUGG